AAAAAAAAGGCGACGAUCGGCUACGACUCUGCGGCUUUGGAAUUGCCCAUUCCCCAUCCACCGUCGUCGCCUCAUCCCGCCAUGAAGGCCAUUGACCUUCGAAAUGGCAUCAGGAGGGCCAUUCACACCGUAUACCAGCCGUCCUCGACACAAUGCCCUCGACGCAGACCUGCGACUGUAGCUCGCUUUCACGCCUCCCUGCCCGUGCGGACCUUCUCGUCAUCAAAUACACGUCGUGCCAGCGAACAGGCGCCCAAGCAAACGACGUCGAAUGCUCGCAUCUCAGAGAUAGAGUCUGGAAUCGAUGUCUCGACAAACCCCGGACUAGAGGACACGACGCCGUUCCGAGCAGCCCCCGAGAUCAACUUGGAUGGCCUUGAGGACUUCGAGGCUUCACCGCAAACAAUUUCAACGCUGUCCGCAGCGGAAAGCCGGGAAGUCUCAGCUGCCAAAGAUGUCGACUCGCCAGGCAAGCGAGCUGAACAGAGCUUUUAUCCCUCGUCAUCGCCGACCUCUCCAGACACCAGGCAGCGCGCCGGCGGAGUCAGCGCCAACAGUUUGCGCGUUGUGCCCGCCUCCCCCAGCUAUUUUACGGCGCGACCCAACUUUACCGACCACUACCUUUCCAUCACUUCGCUCUACCGACGCCACCAACUCCUGCCCACCACGAACCGGUCGGAGACGAAGAUCACUUGGCUCACACUCCCAGAAUACAGGGAGCUCAUUGGCAAUGAGCCAGUUGCCCCAGGACGCUUCCGCGACUUGAUUCGAAUGUGUGGCCGGCUAGCGGCCAUUAACCCGCAUCUGAUGCCAGACGAAGUGCACACGGUCUUGCAGAGCUUCAUGAAGGAGGAGCAGCCCAUUGUGCGUUUCAGCAAGAAGGCCGUCGUGGACGAGUGUGGGCGUGCGUAUGGGUUGGGCCGACGCAAGGCCGCUACGGCGCGUGCCUGGAUCGUCAGGGGAAAGGGCGAGGUGCUGGUCAACGGCAAGAGCCUAAGUCAGUACUUCAGCAGACUGCACCAACGCGAAAGCGCCCUCUACGCGCUGAGCGUGACGGAUCGUGUGGGGGACUACAACGUCUUUGCCAUCGUCGAGGGGGGUGGUACGACGGGUCAGGCGGAAGCAUUGACGCUCGCGGUUGCAAAGGCUCUCAUCGUGUACGAGCCUGCGUUGAAAAUGAGGUUGAAGUCUGCUGGCUGUCUCACGCGCGACCGUCGUAGAGUAGAGAGGAAGAAGCCCGGUCACCUCAAGGCAAGGAAGAAGCCUGCUUGGGUCAAGCGUUAAGGAGACUACAAAGGACAACUCGUCUGGACUCUCGACUUGCACACACGUGUUUUUGUGUAUAUUAUGUACUAAAAACUAUAUCCUGCAUAGCAUGGUGGAAUUGGCCCGCGAUGUCGUACCGCGUCAGAUAGGAUCAAGUUAUACAAUCCUCUUUACUGAUUACUUCAAAUGGAAGCGCGUAGGCAUAUCAACA